UUGGACUGCCGUACUGCUGCUGUGCCAAACAUGGACGCGUGACAAGUUUGACUGGAUUGUCUUUUCCCCAUCUACUUGUGCCGUUUUUGACCGCGCGCAUCCGUGAAUGAUGUGAGACGCGAUGAUUUGGCUGGAGGAGGAUAAUUGUGCACCCCGAGUAGACUCCAGGGACACCAAAAGCCACGCUGCUGAAAGGUGACCUCCAGACAUUUCACCUCCACAAAUUAUUUGAAUAUGCCAGGACAUAACAAUGAGCUCCAACAGCACAGACCCUGGUCUCUUCCUGACUGUCAGCACCCCACCACCACUGGCCGGAGCCUUCUCACAAUCCGGUGCACUCCAUCAAAGAGGAACUGGAGGAACACCCUUGGAUUUACAUGGGAAUGAUAAUUCCUCUUCUAUCAGCAAGUUCUCAAACUUCACCUUAGAAUCUCAAAAUGGGAAUGCAACAGCAGCCCUUGAUCCCCUGGGUGGUCACGCUGUGUGGCAGGUUGUCCUCAUUGUCUUACUGACUGGCACACUGUCACUGGUCACCAUCAUUGGAAACGUCCUGGUAGUCGUAUCCUUCAAGGUUAAUCGCCAACUAAAGACAGUAAACAACUACUUCCUACUGAGCUUAGCUGUGGCUGACCUCAUCAUAGGGGUCAUCUCCAUGAACCUCUACACAGCUUAUCUUGUGAUGGGCUACUGGGCCAUGGGCAACUGGGCCUGCGACCUGUGGCUGACUAUAGACUAUGUGGCAAGCAAUGCAUCAGUUAUGAACCUUCUGGUCAUCAGCUUUGAUCGCUACUUUUCAGUCACUAGGCCUUUGACCUACCGGGCCAAACGGACCACAAAGCGAGCUGGGAUCAUGAUAGGCUUGGCCUGGUUUGUUUCUCUUGUUCUGUGGGCCCCAGCCAUCCUGCUAUGGCAGUUUUUUGAGGGUAAAAGGACAGUGCCCGCAGGGGAAUGUUACAUUCAGUUCCUCUCACAGCCUAUUAUAACCUUCUGCACAGCUGUAGCAGCUUUCUAUCUGCCUGUGACAAUAAUGAGUGUUCUCUACUGGCGCAUUUACAAGGAAACCCAGAAUCGUUCAAAAGAGCUAGCUGGGCUGCAGGGUUCAGGUGGAAUAGGAGCAAGAGGUGUAAAUGGUGGAGGUGAAAGGGCCCGUUUUGUCCAUCAGACAGGAAGUUCUAGAAGCUGCAGCAGCUAUGAGUUGACCAGGUUAUCCAAGAGAAAGAGCACAUGUCGGGAGCUUGUUGGCCGCUUCCACUGCUGGCCUGGUGUUCGCUCUUGGAGACCUGGUAGUAUGCGACAGGGAGAUGGUGAUCCAGACCAGAGCAGCAGUGACAGCUGGAACAACAAUGAUGCUGCAGUCUCUUUGGACCAGUCUGGGUCUUCAGAAGAUGAGGACUGUGGAGACAGAGAUAUGAUUCCACAGAGUCAUGCUAUUUUCUCAAUUGUUCUUAGCCUACCCGGUAUAAAGGCUGCCGUUAACUCCCAGCUAACCUCAUGUGAGGAUCUUGAUGCAGCCUCAGAGGAGGAUCCCCUCAGGGGAGCGGAGUAUAACCGAGACAGUCUUUCAUCAAUAACUCCAAACACAACGGCCACCAUUACUCCUGAAGGACCAAACAGUUCAGAAAAUAGCUACCACCAACACUUCUGCUCACGCAAGAUUCAAUCAUUGUCUUCCAUCCAGGCGUCUUCUAACCAUAGGUCUCUGGAUGGUACUUCAGUAACCACUACCACUGCCUCCGACAGUACUACUACCAGCACGACCACCAAAUCCCCCUCAGGUCCAAUGUCCUUCAAGGAGGCAGCUCUGGCAAAGCGUUUUGCUGCCCGAGCUCGAACUCAGAUCACCAAAAGGAAGCGGAUGUCCUUAGUGAAAGAGAAGAAGGCAGCUCAAACUCUCAGUGCCAUCCUCUUGGCAUUCAUCAUCACAUGGACACCUUACAACAUCAUGGUGCUCAUCACUGCCUUCUGUAAAUCUUGUAUCCCAAAUACGCUGUGGGCAGUGGGUUACUGGCUAUGCUACGUCAAUAGCACAGUCAACCCUAUGUGUUACGCGUUGUGCAACAAGACUUUCCGUACAACAUUUAAGAUGAUACUGUUGUGCCGCUGGGACCAGAAAAAAAGGAGGAAGCAGCAGUUUCAGCAAAGGCAAUCUUCUGUGGUCUUCCAUAGGACAAUUCCCAGAGAGUCUACGUAAAGGACUGAAAGUUUAGAUUGCCAGUGACAGACCUGAAAACUUUAACAUACAGUAGAAGGAAAAGAAAGAAACAUCCAUGUAAUUGUUUCUGUGGAGUUUCUUUACCUAGAAAUCAUCAAUGUUUUAUUCUGCUAUGUCAAACACAGCAACCCAAUGUUGUGGUCUUGCAGUAUGUGUUUGUGUUGGUGCAUCAUUAAACAAAGCUGUAUUUGUGCGUGAAGGUUUGCUUAAGGUGAGGUCCAGACAUAAAAGUUAUGCGUGUCCUUGAAGAACUUUUUUAUAAUUUCACACAAGUACAGCAGCAAGAAAAUGAAGUGAGUGGACAAUACUCGAAAAGGGCUUAAAAAACACUUUGCAGGAGAAAUAUUGAAGUGCAAUUGAUGCCGAUAGAAAGGAUGUUGUCAAAGAGUUGGGGAUUACACUUCUCUGAUCAUUUCUCUCGAUGGGUAGCUUGCUCUGUAAUGUGCAGAGUGGUUUUGCAUUUCAAACAAAACUAUAUAAAAAAUUUUUGUGCUCACAGGCUUCUAUAUUUUAUUGAUUUGCCCAGUUAUCAUCUUGACUGGUUUGCAUUUUUAUUAGAACUUCUGCAGAUUGCUUUUUUACAUGUGUUCUAAUGUCUAUGUCUAUAAUGAAAUAUAAAAGGUUCUUAAAUUUUGUCCAUACAGUUGACAGAAAACUGUUAUUUUUGUGAUAUUUGUCUUUGGUUUUCUAGACAUUUUGAGCCAGUCUGAAAAUGAUCCUUUUGAUGAACUGAGUUGUGAAUAUUCUGUGUGGCACCACAGUCAGUGAACUGCUGUUGUGUUCAAUGUGAUUGUUGUGGUUUAUAUGGUGGAGAUAAUAAGUACAAUGGUUGUGUUUUAUGUACUUGCGAUUUUCUGUCAAGUAAUGAUUAUAUAGUAAUGAUAUUCUGUUUGUAUACAUUUCGAUAUUUCUGAAUAUGAUACACAAAGAUUGCACACAUAGACAUACAGACACACAAACACAGGGAUGUUCAUUUAUUUUUUAAAAAAGUGUUUUCUUUUUUUUUUUAAUCUUACAUUAUUUUAUUUUAUUUUUUUGAAUUUCCACAAAAUUUCACAUCUAAGCAAAUCUUUGUAAAAGGCCAGCAAUCUUUGAUGAAGUAGAACAAGGGCAGCCUCUAGUGGUGCACAGAAAGAACUGUUGUUCAGGCUGUCUACACUACAGUAUCAAAACCUGAAAUAUAUCUCUACAGAUAUUGAUGGAUUUAGAUUCAUUAAAAAUUUUAAUCUAAAUUUUAAAUAAAGAUAGGCGACAAAUUCAAGAAAAACUUGAACCCUAGACUGAGGAGAAUUGGAUUCACUGCAAAGCAAUAUGAAGUUGUUCUGAAUGAUCACAUUUGCCCUAUGUUUCAUCAUGAAAUUGUUGUAUCCUGAUCAAAUAAAACUGUGCCACUUAAUGAUCUUUAGUAUAAUUUUUUUUUUAACGUUUAGAUGUCAGAUUGAGACGUUAUUCUGUGCUACCAGCCACCAUCAAAAGGAAGAAUGGUACUCUAUCCCUCCAUUAGAGUUUUAGGCACUUGCAGAUAUAUUAAAGUUUUUCUGGCAGCACAUGGUGGCUAAACUCCUUUAGGUUUUUUUCUAUAAUUGCUCACCUGUUUGUCUCUGCCAUUUAAGAAAGAAUAUCUACAACUGUGUGUUUCUUCUAUAAAAUUGUCAGUGAGGCUUGAGAAAAGGAAAAUUGUAUAUAGAAUUAAAAGCUGUCUUGGUUUACAGAAUCAUCAGGUUUUUCUAUUCAGAAAGUGGGGAAAACACCACAAGUCAACCAUUAAGAGUCAACACACAGAUAAAAAAUUCCUUUUAAUUUUAUGUUUUAAUGGGUUUUUUUUUUUUUCAACAUUGCCACAUCCAAAUCUUUCAUUCUGAAUAUCGUACAACAAAUACCGAAGGUAAAUGAAAACUUGUACUAUAAAAACUAGAAUGCAAAUUAAUGACUAGAUUGUAUUAUAUUGGCUGGUUGGUCAUAAAUGAUGGUAUGACUUUGAUUUAUGUGCUGUAUGCAAAAAGAGAUGUUAAAAAAUAUCCUAUAACUGCCAUCAGUGUACGCUUCAUCAGUUUUCAACAGUGUCAUAAUACAGAAAUCUACUUUCAGCUGCUCCCUUAUUCACAAGGGGUCGCCACAAUGAGUAGCGCUGCAUAUUUCAUCUGGCAGAUUUUUACGUUGGAUGGCCUUCCUGACACAACCCCCCAAGGGAUUUGUUUCUUCUGCCUGAAUUGAACCAGGGGUCUUUCGCUUGUUAGGUGAAUGUAUAAAUUAUUACACUAUGGAGCCACACGAGAGUGUCAUAAUACAUUCUUCAUCAAAAUAUGAGGGGUUUUUUUGUACUGUAUUGGGAAUGUAAACUGCCAAAAUGUUGGACACAACAGUUUGUUACAUUUUAAGAAUGCCAAUCAUACUCAUAUUUUAAGCCAA